CUGCAUCCGGCAUCUCUUCGCCUGUGCUUGUUGUAGCACCGGACAUGGUGAUAGUCACAGUUGUGUCGAUUUUUAGACUCGCUAAACUAACUUUUUAGCGAAAAUGGACGACCGCAUUCUGGACCUGACACAAGCGCAGGAAGCUGUCAAGUUAAAGUACCCGCCAAUUAACAAGAAAUAUGAAUAUUUGGAUCAUACAGCAGAUGUACAAAUUCACUCCUGGGGAGGCAGUCUGGAAGAAGCCUUCGAGCAGUGUGCUAUGGGCAUGUUUGGCUACAUGACGGACACAGAGACAGUGGAACCGCUCGAUACCGUUGAAGUGGAAUCAGAGGGUGACGACAUGGAGUCACUCCUCUUCCAUUUCCUUGAUGACUGGUUGUACAAGUUUAGUGCAGAUCUCUUCUUUAUUCCCAGGGAGGUGAAAGUGUUGCACAUAGACAGAAAGCACUUCAAGAUCCGCUCCAUUGGGUGGGGUGAAGAAUUCUCUUUGGCCAAGCAUCCACAGGGAACAGAGGUGAAAGCCAUCACAUACUCUGCGAUGCAGAUCCACGAUAAAGAAAAACCAGAGAUAUUUACUAUUAUUGACAUUUGACGACCAUUCCUGUUGCAAAUCACACUCUUGGUUCGAUUGAACUGGACGAUAUACACGGCUAAUUCAAGUGGCCUUUUAAUCCAAGGUACUAGGUUUUUUUUAACCUGUGAAAACCUUAUUCUCGUCUAGAGUAAACUGUUUGCAAACUACUUCUCCGACAGGUUACAAAUUUAUUUUAUGACACUGAUAUCUCAUGAUAUUGUAUUUCUGAAAUCACAUAACUUUGAAUGUAAAUGAGGGAUAAUAGAAGUAAAAAAUGUAACUCUUUAACUCUUCAUUAUUGUUAAAUUGAUUUACUUUUUUACUUGCCAUGCUUUGCAAAUUGUUAUUCUUAUUUAAUGCACAUUUGAAAUUGUGUUGAUGCCUUAUGAAUAAUUGUAAAUAAAUCAGCAAAUCUUUAUUAUUAUUCUUUUGGUCUUGAUUGCGCUGCUGUUUUUAAAUUAAACUUAUCUGUAUUUUAAGUUAAAAGAUUUUGGCAGAAUUAAAUAAAGGAUAAAAGUGCAGUGAA